AUGUCGACUAAACUACAUUUCCCGACAAGCCGGGUUUGCACUAUGAUCCUUCGUGACGUUUACGGAUAUAACGUGUAACAGGUGGGCGUUAUCAAGUGUGGGAAGUAAACAUGUCUUUUCUUCUCGCGCACUGAAAGAAGCAAGACUCUGAUAUCCAUGAUGUCUGUGAUAAACAAGAGCGUUUUCCCACAGAUAGCCUUCAGGCCUGAAGUGCUGGAAUAUCUCCAUAAUGUUUACACCAACAAAGAGAUUGUGUCUGAACUCGGGAAGGAGGAAGCCGAGCGAGUGUUUGAUUCACUGCUGUCCUGUCUGUCCCACCCGCCAUCACUCACCUGCCUGAGAGCCAGCACACACACACACUCACUACAGGACAUUCAACAAAGGCUGGCGCAGCACGUGGCUCAACAACAAGUGAGUGGGUCUAAUGGUGACAGAGUUUCCACUCCCAUCCUUCCUCACCCACAACUUCCAGAUGUGCUGCUACUGCCGGUUAGAGGGCCAAGGGACGUCAGUAUUUUAAAUGCCGAGGUGAUCGUCGGUGCACAGUGUGGCAGUGCAGUACUGAGAGGAGCUCACGUCUUUGCUCCAGGUCUCCUCAGUGCACCUAAGUUUAUGAAGGCAGGUGACCCGGUGUCUGUGUUCUCAGACGUGGAGGGCAGGUGCACACAAGGAGCUAAGGAGUUCCAGGGGAAGAAGAUCUUCCUGGGGAAUGGUGUGUGUGUGAUGAAGCGUUCAGAUAUUUUCUGUCCAGAAGGUCCAGUGAGAGGUGUUGCCGUCAGGAUGGUGGACGCUCUUUACCAAAGCCCAUCGUUUGAUGGCGUGCUGCCAGGUGAAGUGUUCCUGCAGAACCUACCAUCAGUUGUUGUGGGGCAUGUUUUAGGGCCUCGUCCUGGUGAGCGCAUUUUGGACAUGUGUGCAGCUCCUGGAGGAAAGACUACACACAUAGCUGCUCUCAUGGCUAAUCAGGGAGUCGUAGUGGCUCUGGACAAGAUCAAAUCCAAAGUGGAGAAGAUCAGCGAGAACGCUCGCACACUGCGGCUGCACUGCAUUCAAGCGCACUGUUACAACAGCAUACAGGCCGUCAGCUCUCAACUUAACCCCAGCGGCAGUCAAGCAGACGCACCACCAUUCCCAGAAGAGAGUUUUGAUCGGAUACUAUUAGACGCUCCUUGCAGUGGGCUAGGACAGAGACCUAACAUGGCGAUCAACUACAGUCUCAAGGAAGUGUGCUCAUACCAGCCUUUACAGAGAAAACUCCUCCGCACGGCUGUGCAACUCUUAAAGAAGGGAGGUGUGUUGGUGUAUAGUACCUGCACUGUAACACUUGCUGAGAAUGAAGAGCAGGUGGCCUGGGCAUUGAAAACAUUUCCAUGUUUAACUCUGGAGCCACAGGAACCACACCUUGGAUCCCAGGGCAUGCCUGGAUCUGAAUUAUCAUGUGACCAGCGGAGGCUGCUGCAGAGGUUCCGCCCAGAGUUAUCAUGGCGUGGGGCUACUGACAGUCACGCCUCUGAGGAUCUCCUUUUCAAAGCCAACACAGACACGAUCGGGUUCUUCAUAGCUAAAUUCAGCAAGAGAUAACGCACGUUCAUUCUAACACGUGCUCAUGAAGCAUCUCAAGGAGGCAGAUGAAAACAAGUGCAAGGGAAGGGAGGGCUGAACGGAUGGCAUGAAUGGAGGGGAGAAGGAAUAAAAGGGGUGGUGUCAUGAGCAGCUCUGCUUCUGUUACCAUGACAACAGUGACGCAAUGGCUGCUAUGGUGAUUGUUGGGUUUUGCGUGACCAUUGGACUGUGACCAGAAAGCAGCAUGCAGCCAGAGGACACGAUGGUAUUGACAGUUAUACACACACACACACACACACACACACACACACACAGAGCAAAUGACCAGCAGCUGAAUUUGUUAAUCAACAGAUGUGAACACUUUAUUUGUUUUUAAUAAAGUAAAGGAACAGCUUUUUUUUUUCUCAAAAGGGUGAAAUUACAUUAUGAAGGUGGACACAUGGUAACAUUUAACAUUUCAUAUUAAAACAGGGUUAGUGAACAUAUUUAAUAAAUGAACACCGUUAAAUCUUCUGAAACAUAUUCAUUUAAAAUAUGCUUCUUUUAAAUGAGCACACGUGUCAAUCUAACACUAGAUUGUGAUGAUGUGGGCAGUCAAUAAAGAAAUAAGACC